AUUCUGAAAGUAUUACACAAUAUACCAGUGGUUCCCAACCGGUGGUCCAUGGACCCCUGGGGGUCCAUAAGAACUUUUUAAGCGGACCACAAGAUAAACGUAAAUUCUAAAUAUUUUUUGGUAGUGAAACUUAAUUUUGAUUAUUUUUUUCUGUUGAAAGAAACAAAUUAAAUUUUAAAUUAAAAAUGUAAUUUAUGCGAGAAAGCUGUUACACAAAAUUUGCGUUAACUAAUUCGACGAGGACUUGCGGACCUCUACGAAGUAAUAAAUGCUAUAUAAUAUCAUUUUUUAUCCGUAAAUUUAAAAUGUUAAAAUCUUAUCUCAUGGUAAAGAUAACCUUACUGAUUUGUUUGAAAGAACAUGUCUAAAAGUAAAAAAAGGUCAUACUUAGAUGAAUACAUGAGAUAUGGAUUUACCUACAUGCUUAAAGAAACCAUUAGCUACCCACAGUGUGUUAUUUGUUAUAAAGUACUAGGAAAUGACUCUAUGAAACCUUCAAAGCUUGCUAUUCACUUGAAUAAGUGCCAUCCUGAUCUCCAAACAAAAGAUACUGAUUUUUUCAAAAGAAAAUUUGAAUCACUGAAGAGAUGCAAAUUGGAUAAAACUGGGAUUAUUUACCAAACUCAACAGAAUAUAGUAGAAGCAUUCUAUAAGGUUUCAUUUAUAAUAGCACAGAACAAAAAAGCUCACACAUUGGCUGAAGAAGUUAUACUUCCAUGUACAAAAGAAAUCGUUAGAUUAUUAUUUGGAGAAGAAGCUGCAAAGAAGGUAGAUAAUAUAUCUUUAUCAAAUACUACAGUCAAACGAAGGCUAACGGAUAUUUCAUCAAACAUUAAAGAAAAUGUUAUUAAUGAAAUUAAAGAAUCCCCAUAUUUUUCUAUUCAGUUGGAUGAGUCCACAGAUGUAAGUUCAAUGGCACAACUAAUUGUAUAUUGUAGGUAUAUUCACAAUAACAAAUUUAAAGAAGAAUUUUUGUUUUCUUCUUGCCUUGAAACAACAACAAAAGCAGCUAAUAUUAUGGAAAUUUUAAAACAGUUUUUCAAUGACAAUCAAUUACAAUGGAAAUAUUUGUUUGAAAUUACUACUGAUGGAGCUCCUGCCAUGAUGGGUUGUAAGUCUGGAUUACAGACUAGGGUGAAAGAGAUUGCUCCAAAUGUAGUUGGUGUACACUGUUUUAUUCAUAGACAGGCUUUGGCAACCAAAACUUUACCAGGUAGUUUGAAAACUAUAUUUAAUCAAUUAGUCAAGUUGGUCAAUUAUAUAAAAUCUUCUGCUCUUAACACUCGCCUUUUUACAAAAUUUUGCUCUGACCUAAAUGCUGAAUACAAUAAGUUAUUGUUUUAUACUUCUGUGCGAUAGCUAUCU